AGGUUGUGACCAAGGAAGGCGAAAGCGGAAUGUUGAUCUUCUUUCCAUUUUACAAGAACAAAACUUAUGAAGCAAAUGGAAAUUUGUUGUUCAAUUGUCUGAUGAUGAUAUGCAACCAGCAACAAGCAUCACAUUAUAAAUGCAACCUUUCUCUGUAUAUAAUGUUGUUUAUUUGCCUUAUGAUUGAGCAACACCACAAGAAGACAAUGAACUUCAACUCCUGCACAAAAGACAGCCAAUGUGGAGAAAUUGUUUAGUUCCUUGUCAAAGAAUAUCUCAACUGGAGGCAAAGGAAAAGGGGAAAAGUGGAAACUAAGCGAAAAUGUGAAAGUAGCUACCAAAAAGCUAUGUUCCUAUUAAAUACUUGAUGGCCUCUACAAGAAGUAAAGCAUUAGAAGCAUAAUUCACGUUAACAGACAUGAUCUUUCCUGAUUUACUAGCUCAAGAAAAGAACAAAAAAACGGAAUUCAUAUAAGUAACGGAAGGACAGUACUUGUCCUUGUGCCUGAGACAAAAUUGCCCAGUUGAAGAUAUUUUUUCCUCCUCUUAGGAACACAAUGCAAGGUCUUAUGCGCAUGGUCAGAUCAUGCCAUGAAAAGCUCAAGGUUACAAUUUUACAGCACCCGCAAUUCAAAAGCAUGAGUGAGAUGAACAAAUCAUUCGCAAGAUUUGGACGUGUCAUCUCCUUCCCCACAGUGCAAGGAGAGGAAGAUAAUGACAUAAUGGUACCGGAGUCUUCCACGAUGCGGCAAAAAGGGUUAGAAAAUACAACAGUUGCUGAUGUGUUAAUGAUAAAGGAUGAAGAAAAAGGUAACUCAUGGCUUUGUUGUCGGACAAAUGACACAGCAUAUGAUGCCGUUAAACAAAUGACAGCAAACAACAUCGGAUCUUUGGUGGUUCUAAAGCCUGGAGAGAAUAAACUGAUAGCUGGAAUUAUAACUGAAAGAGACUAUCUGCGCAAGGUAAUUGUACAGGAUAGAUCAACUAAAUACACGAGAGUGGGAGAUAUUAUGACCGAGCAGAGCAAGCUGAUAACAGUUACAUCUGAUACAAAUAUUCUUCAAGCAAUGCAGCUCAUGAGUCACCAUCACAUACGACAUGUUCCGGUGAUCGAUGGAAAGGUGGUAGGCAUGAUAUCUGUUGUAGAUAUUGUCAAAGCAGUGGUGGAUCAACAAACUGGAGAAGUGAAGCAACUGAAUCAAUUCAUCCGAGGAGAUUACUACUGAAAACAUACUGAGCAAGCUACUAACGUCAAAACUUUGUUUGUUGAUACAUGAAAGAUAAUACCAAAACAAUACUGUCGUUUUCUCAGCGUAUUUCUUGCUAUAGCUACUAAAACAAUCUCUUCUGCCCACAAGAAAUUCAUUAGCUGAUACAUGUUGUACCAUAAUUGAUUAAGUGUAUUAUGGACCUGGUGUUGUAAAGGAGUACUUAUUUUUCUUCA